ACGUUGUUAAAAAUAACUUGGCGAUCGUCGAAGAAAUCGGCCGGGUACAGACUCGGACGUGCGAAUGAAACUAUUAAAGAGACAAAUUACCACGGGCAGGGCGAGGAACUAAAAAGCUCCGGGCAAGCACGAUCUCGACUUUGAUCGCGUUAACUCCUCGAUCGUCCUCCUUUGUGACGGCUUUAGAAAGACGGUGGUAGCAAGGAAACGGGCGCGAGAGCGAGAGGCAGUGGUUCGAAGCGAGUAAGAGCGUGCUGGAAAGCAACGGCGGUCAAUGGUGAUGGCCGCGGUGCAGUAAAAUAGUAGGAGUUAGCCAGUCAGUCUCGAGACACGGAGUAUCGAGCAUCGUCGAAGAACUGCGUACGUGUCCGCGCCCGCUGGCCUCCUCGUUAUCGCCGUGCAUGCCCGGAAGCGUCCAGUUUUCGCAGUACGCGUGGCGUGCACUACCCGUGAAACGUUGCGAGUGUGUGCUACGUUCGAUUCGCUCGAAACCGUGCCCGAACGAUAGUGCGUGAUACGAGGACGUGCAGCGUUCCAGCUCGACAUGCACUCGGUUCCGACUCAAGGAUAGACGGUUCUACUCUACGCAGUUGUCGCUCCAAUAUCGACUUCCCACGCGUCGUUGCUACGAUGAUGCGAUGAGAAAAUUUGUGCGUGCGUCCGCUAACGAGAACGUAACGCUGCGAAAAGACCAGUUGGUUUGAAAGAAAGUUGGUCGAGGAAAGAGAACGGCGAUUUAAAUUUUACUCGGGCUGAGAGAAUAAAAAUAGGACGAGAUGAAGCUUGAGGGGAAUAGUUCGCGGGAAGAUAACACCAAUGAGAUCUUGUUGCAACCUAGGAAGGGCUCGGGCACGAGGCUGCAGAUCGUGCCCGCGCAACCGAAAACGAUCACCCACCUGCCGAAGAGACCGCCGGUCGAUUUGGCGUUCACCGAUCUGACAUACAGGGUGCGAGAGGGUGGUAAAAAUAAUGCGAAGACAAUUUUGAAAUCCGUCAGUGGAAGGCUGCGGUCUGGAGAACUGACGGCUAUCAUGGGGCCUUCCGGUGCAGGAAAGUCCACUCUUUUAAAUAUCCUCACCGGAUACAAAUGGCUAGGCGUCGAAGGAAGUAUCACGAUGAACGGCCAUGAGAGGAACCUUAGUGCCUUCAGAAAGCUAUCGUGCUACAUAAUGCAAGAUAAUCAGCUUCACUCGAAUUUAACCGUGGCUGAAGCCAUGAAAGUCGCAUCGAAUCUUAAACUCGGACCGCAUGUCACCAAGGAGGAGAAAGAGGAAGUGAUACAAGAAAUCCUGGAAACACUUGGACUAUCCGAGCAUCAUCGGACCAUGACUUCAAACCUGAGCGGUGGUCAAAAGAAAAGACUCUCGAUCGCAUUGGAACUGGUCAACAAUCCUCCCAUAAUGUUUUUCGAUGAACCGACCAGUGGUUUGGAUUCCUCGUCUUGCUUCCAAUGUAUUUCGCUCUUGAAGACUUUGGCUCGAGGUGGAAGGACAAUCAUAUGUACGAUCCAUCAGCCCAGCGCUCGACUUUUCGAGAUGUUCGACGCUUUGUACACGUUGGCCGAAGGACAGUGCGUCUAUCAGGGGUCCACAUCGCAAUUAGUGCCUUUCCUUCGAAACAUCGGUCUCAACUGCCCGAGCUAUCACAAUCCAGCUUCCUUCAUCAUCGAGGUGUCUUGCGGAGAGUACGGAGAUAAUAUCAAGAACCUGGUGAACGCUAUAAAGAAUGGACAGUACGAUAUCCGCGAGGGAUAUCCAUUCCCAGAAAACAAACCGGAGAGACUCAAUAAUGAAUCGUACUCGAAAGGUGAAGACGGCGAAGAACGCGCAGCAGAAGAGAAAGAUAAGAACGAUAUUAGUAAUCUGCAGGAGAAAUUCCAAGAGGACAAAACGAAAGAAAUGAAUAACAAGGGUAUCAUUCCAGUUUUUGCGACCAACGACAUCGCCAAACAAGAGGUAGCGAUACCCAUGGAUGUAGAGAAAAAGGAUAACGCGGAUGUAGCCUUGCUCGACGAUUCGAUUGUAGUAACUCCGGAAAGAUACCCGACGUCUGAAUGCCGACAAUUCUGGAUCGUUCUGAAGCGAACGUUACUCUUCAGUCGAAGAGACUGGACGCUCAUGUACCUUCGACUCUUCGCACAUAUUCUAGUAGGAUUAUUAAUCGGCGCUCUUUAUUACGAUAUCGGGAAUGACGGUGCUAAAGUACUUAGCAACCUCGGAUUUCUGUUCUUCAACAUGCUGUUUCUAAUGUAUACGUCUAUGACCAUCACGAUCUUAUCUUUCCCGCUAGAACUGCCAGUGCUCCUGAAGGAAAACUUUAACAGAUGGUAUUCUCUUAAGGCCUAUUAUCUAGCGAUAACCGUGUCCGAUAUACCAUUUCAGGCAAUAUUCUGUAUUAUGUACGUGUCGAUCGUAUAUUUCAUGACGAGUCAACCACCGGAUAUGAUGCGAUUCAGUAUGUUCUUGGGAACGUGUUUACUAAUUUCGUUCGUCGCACAGUCCGUCGGACUGGUCGUCGGAGCUGCAAUGAACGUACAGAACGGUGUGUUCUUGGCACCGGUCAUGUCCGUGCCUUUCCUCCUGUUCUCUGGCUUCUUCGUCAGUUUCGACGCCAUUCCCGUGUACCUUCGAUGGAUCACGUAUCUUAGCUACAUUAGAUACGGUUUCGAAGGAACCGCGCUGGCCACGUACUCCUUCGGCCGAGAAAAGCUUAAAUGUUUCCAGGUAUACUGUCACUUCAAGAACCCAGAAACGACGUUGGAGGAGUUGGACAUGCUCGAUGCCGAUUUCACCCUCGACAUUCUUGCCCUGCUUUUGAUAUUCCUCGUUCUUCGAAUCGUUGCCUACUUGUUCCUUCGUUGGAAACUGAAGACUGCGCGAUAAAUCGGUCCGCUGUUAUCGUCAAUUAAACGAAACUUCUACGAAUCAACGCUAAAGGGUAAACGUGAUGAUGGAUCGUUGUAGCAUCGUCGUACGGAAAAAUACACGAUCGACUGUGUAAAGGAAAAAUGGAAUGUUAUACACCGUUCACGCCUACGAUCGACGGAUUCGCGAAAUCUACGAACUAUGUUAUUUAUUAAUUUUAAAACGAGUUUCACGAUUAAUUGUUUGUUUAGGAUAUCUCGUCGUUGUCUUUUUGUAUCCGCUAUGCGAUGUGAUUUAAUAGAGCGAGUGUGAUCUCGACCGCGAGGAUGUACUCGAGAUAAGGCGAACGGAACAAUCGUGAGAGUCCUUGAUUCCGUUGUUCAAAAGAGAACGAGGGGCCUUAAUCGACAAUGUUUCGCGAGCAAUUACAUUUACAUCCACCAAUGGCUGUGAGCUUGACGAUGCACGAGGGUUACGGAUGAUAUAAAUACAAUGAUAAAAGCGUAUCUUUAAUUUUAACGCGGACGACUCGAACGACGUUGUCUGUUAAGGAUGAAUCUUGCCAGAUUUAUUACAUGUAAUAACUUGCGAAAUUGUACAAUCAUCAUCGCGACUGCUGCAAUUGAUGUUCAUGUCUCUGUCUACGCGCAAAACGUAUUUUCUAAUCGAGAUUACAUUUAACGAAAAUGUAAAAGGUACACUGGGACAGUGUGAAGCUUUAAACUUUAAAAUAACAACUUUAUCGUCAGUUUUCACCGACUUUUCUUCUUCUUUCUCGUCGAGUAUGUUAGGUAAUCGUAACACUUAUCGUUGACGAAGAAUAAAAAAAGAAACUCCGAAUGAUCGAUCAAACUUAUUUGUAUUUUUUUUCUGGACUAGCAUCCUGGCUUGACAAAUGUACUUUAAUGGGAAAACGCGUUUGUAUCUAUUUACACAAGUGGGAUAAAUUAUACAAGUUAUAUAUGCAAAAUAUUAGCGUGAUCGGAAUCGGUCGAUAUCUAUACAUAUAUAAAUAUAUAUAUAAAUAUAUAUAUAUAUAUACUUUUGUAAAAUAUUGCACGUGCGAACGCAUGUGCCUAUGCUGCAUUGGCAUAAUGUUCGUUGUAUUUUAUAGCGUAUAUUUACUAUGAAUAAAAUUAUAUGCUUUUCGUA